AAGACACGGCUAUAUUUGUGUUUGCUAUGUGCAUGCCCUUCUGUUGCAAAUAUGAACAUAAGUGAACGGCGAUAGUAACUUGUUCGUUUUACUGAAAAUAGUGACCAGCCUUUGUAGUAGGCACCUAAAACUGUCAGCUGUCAGGAACGAGAUUAUUUCCAGCAGAGCAGUGUAGUGCACGCCUCGAUAAGCAAGGGAGAAUACAAGCAUGUAUUCUCAGGGUAGAUACCCUAACAUACUUUGACCGGUUUGCCCCUGGGCACCGUAAAACAUGCGGUGUUCCCAUGGGGCGGGUAGUAACAUUGGAUUGGAGCUCUAAUAGCUGAUCAAUAGAGCUAGUUAACGUCAUCAUGCAUCUGUCGUUCAAUAACACGGAAUAAUAACUAAUGUAUGUACAAUCCCUGAACGAACGUCAAUAAACAAAGCAAAACGGGAACAUAAUCUGAAACCACCGACGUUGACAAAGAUAACGACAUAUCAAAAGAAAAACAGUUGAGAUUAAUCGGCAUUUUAAGCUACUAUAUCAUCAUCAUCAUUGAUCCCACAUGUAUGAAUGUGAUAUACUGAUUAUUAGCGGAAGAUGGUUUUUCUUCGAGGGGCUAACAACGAUGGUGGCGGAGUGGGAGGAAGUGUAAUAGGUCAUAGCGGUACGACAACAAACACCGCCGGUAGCAACGCCGCUUCGUGGGGUAGCGGCGUGAUGCGCUUGCUGAGGCGUCGGACCGUUCUUGGAUUCAUUUUUUGUGCGUCGCUUCUUUAUUGCGUUGUCACUGUUUUACGAGACCAAAAUGAAGCAGACCGCGUAAAUCAAUUCGGCUCUGAUCACGAAGCAAAUUCUGGAAAAACUGGUGGCGCAGUUCCGCUUCCAGCACUCUCGUUUCGUUGGAAUUCGAAUACGUCAGUUGGAGAUAUAAAUGUAGCAACGCAGAACCAGGAACAAAAUCGCAAUUCAAUAUCAGCAUGUAAAAAUACACUUCAAGGUGCUGUUUGGGUGGCCGAUGAUCGAGGUUUUGUGUGCAAUCGUUCUCUCCUACUUUCAAAUGGAUGCUGUGAUAAUUUUAAUGGACUACUUGAAAGGUACCCUUGCUGGAGUUGCACAUCAGGAUGUUGUUCAUCGUAUGAAAUCUGUGUGUCCUGCUGUCUUCGUCCUCAGCAGCGUCCCCUAUUGGAAAAAGUUCUAGGCAGGCUCGGACGUAGUCCCAAAGCUCUUCAGUUAUUCGUGUUAGUCCGAACUCAUUUUGACCUCUGUCUUGCAAAGUGUCGCACGUCGUCACGGAGUGUGCGAAAUGAAAAUACAUAUAUUGAUCCCGAAAAUAAGUAUUGCUUUGGGGAGGAGGAGGCACUAACAGAUACGAAUAAAAAAGCAAUUGCUACAGGAGGAUAAAGCAGCUUUCUGGGAUAAGACUGUAGGACAAAGAAGGUAAACAUUUAAUGUUGAUCCUGCUUCAUACGUCUGGUUAGUAAAUAGUCUUCCAGGCAGCACAACUGUGCUAGACAAUAGUGGUUAAGAGGGACACAGAAAUGGUUCAUUUAAUUUUCAUUUAAUUCAUUUAAUUUUUUCGGAGGUACAGUUAGAAGAGGCGUGUCUCAGCUUUUCAUCAUUUCACUUGCGUAAUAUGACACUCCCAAAGGCCGUUCUUAUCAACAAACAUGAACUUAUCGUUAGCGAAAAUAAAACUUAUUUACGUCUGAAAUGCCUGUCUAGAGUGAAAGAGUCAUCCAGCCGAAGAUGUCUGUGCACCAAACGUUUGAUACUGUGCAUAAUAAUGAUCAAUUAACUCUAAAAUAUUUAACUCAACCCUAUGCUGUAAGACGAGCGAAUGAAGUAACAAAUGAAAGUAUCUAUAUAUUAUUGUUGA